GGUGUGGAAGCCAUGGACUACAUCUGUGGGAUCUUUGUGCUCCUGUGUUGGCUGUGUUUGAGCGGGAGAGGGGCAGCGACCCAGCAGAGCAAAAACAACAUACCCAGACUCAAACUCUCCUACAAAGAAAUGUUGGAGUCAAGCAACCUGCUUACCUUCAACGGAUUGGCCAACAGCUCUGCAUAUCACACAUUCCUAUUGGACGAGGAAAGAGGCCGGCUGUUUGUGGGGGCCAAAGACCAUGUGUUCUCCUUCAACUUGAUUGAUAUCAGCCUGGAUCAUCAACUGAUAUCUUGGCCUCCCUCCUCGUCACGAUGGGAUGAGUGUAGAUGGGCUGGAAAAGACAUCCAGAAGGAAUGUUCUAACUUUAUUAAAGUUCUCCAGCCGUUUAAUCAAACGCACCUGUAUGCGUGUGGAACAGGGGCCUUCCAUCCUGUGUGUGCCCACCUGGAGGUGGGCAGAAAGCCUGAGGACAACAUCUUUCACUUGGAGACGUCACACAUCGAGAAUGGCCGUGGGAAGAGUCCAUAUGACCCCAAACUACAGACAGCCUCUCGGCUGAUUGAUGGAGAACUGUAUUCUGGAACCUCUGCUGACUUCAUGGGGCGGGACUUUGCCAUUUUCCGCACUUUGGGACAGCACCAUCCAAUCAGGACAGAGCAACAUGAUUCUAGGUGGCUCAAUGAUCCUAGGUUUGUCAGCGUUCACCUCAUUCCAGAGAGUGAUAAUCCGGAGGACGAUAAGAUCUAUCUGUUCUUCAGAGAGAACGCCAUCGAUGGAGAGCAAACUGGCAAAGCAACACAUGCCAGGAUUGGGCAGCUGUGUAAGAAUGACUUUGGCGGCCACAGGAGUUUGGUGAACAAAUGGACAACAUUUCUCAAAGCUCGACUCGUCUGUUCUGUGCCCGGAACCAACGGGAUAGACACACACUUUGAUGAGCUGCAGGAUGUUUUUCUCAUGAGUUCUAAAGACCCGAAGAAUCCGACCAUCUAUGCCGUCUUCACCACAUCCAGUAACAUCUUUAAAGGUUCAGCCGUGUGCAUGUACAGCAUGGCAGACAUCAGGAGAGUGUUCCUGGGACCCUAUGCCCACAGAGACGGACCCAACUACCAGUGGGUCCCCUUCCUGGGCCGGGUACCGUACCCUCGGCCUGGAACGUGUCCCAGUAAGACAUUUGGAGGCUUUGAGUCGACCAAGGAUCUCCCCGAUGAGGUGAUAACGUUUGCCAGAAGUCAUCCUGCCAUGUAUAACCCAGUUUACCCCAUCAACAACCGACCAAUCAUCAUCAAGACAGAUGUGGAUUACCAGUUUACCCAGAUGGUGGUGGACAGGGUGGAAGCUGAGGAUGGACAGUAUGAUGUGAUGUUCAUAGGCACCGACAUAGGCACAGUCCUGAAGGUUGUGUCCAUACCCAGAGGAACCUGGCAUGACCUGGAGGAGGUUCUUCUGGAGGAGAUGACUGUAUUCAGGGAACCAACUCCCAUAACUGCAAUGGAAUUGUCAACAAAGCAGCAACAGCUGUACCUGGGUUCAUCCAUAGGCAUAUCUCAGAUGUCUUUGCACCGUUGUGACGUGUAUGGCAAAGCCUGUGCAGAGUGCUGUUUGGCCCGUGACCCUUACUGCGCUUGGGACGGCGCUCAGUGCUCCAGAUACUUCCCUACAGCAAAGAGGAGGACACGGCGCCAGGACAUCAGGAAUGGAGAUCCACUCACUCAGUGCUCUGACCUACAGCAUCAUGAUGAGUUGAAUGGGCAGAGUGCAGUCUUGGAUAAGACUGUGUAUGGUGUUGAAAACAGCAGUACAUUUCUGGAGUGCAGUCCAAAGUCUCAGAGAGCACUGGUCUACUGGCAGUUUCAGAGACAUGGAGAAGACCACAAACUAGAGAUAAAGUCAGACGAACGUGUGAUGGGGACAGAGAAGGGUCUGCUGAUCCGCUCUCUUGUCCAGAGGGAUUCUGGGGUGUAUUACUGUCACGCCGUCGAGCACGGCUUCAUUCAGACGCUGCUUCGCCUCACUCUUCACGUCAUACAGACCGAGCACCUGGACGACCUGCUCCAGCGCGACCCCGAGGCUCUGACCAACGACCAGCCCGCAUCCCCCCAUCACGCCAAGCUCUGGUACCGCGACUUCCUGUCCCUCAUCAACCACCCCAACCUCAGCAGCGUGGAUGAGCUGUGUGAGCAGGUGUGGAAGAGGGAGAGGAAACAGCGCCGGCAGAAAGCCCACCUCCUCCACGCCGCCCAGACUCACGCCAACAAGUGGAAACUCCUUCAGGAGAGCAAGAAGGGUCGAAACCGCCGCACCCACGAUGCACAGCGAGCCCCACGCAGCGUCUGAAAUCCACACACACCUCUCUGACUGAAACAAAAACGAAAAACAAAACAAAACAGAGCCAACAGAGACUCGUGCUUCUACACUGAAAACAAGAGAAACUCUCGACUGGAAAAACACUACCGCACAGCUCUGAUCUGUCGGAGUUUGAGGACUGUGAGGUGAUAUUUUAGACUUCAUAACGUCAUAAUUCCUCACAGCUCUGAGAGAUGGAUGCAGAGAAAGGCCAAGCAUGGAUGGGACUAUCUGUAAAUAUUAGACAGAGAAUCUGGGCUGGCUUUAUCGCUGACAACACGUAGUCUAGCUGUGAUUCCUUUAAUCAUUAACAAACACAGGGGCAAAACGAACUCCCAGAGACCACUACUGCGACCUGUCUCUUACUGAAGAGACACACACACACAUGUACACA